AUGCGUUUAACAAUCAUUUGCAUGUUCUGCCUGGCAGCUGGGAUCCUGGCUGUCGACAUGGACUCGGAUUCCCUACAGGAUCAGUACGAAAAGGAACAGUACCAAAUUCGCAAAAAGAUUUGCCUUCAAGACUGGGAAUAUGGAAAGUGCAGGGGCCGCCGAAAACUCUGGUACUACAAUACCCAAAAAUCCAAUUGCCUUCCGUUUAUCUACUCCAAUUGUGGGGGCAAUGGUAACCUUUUCUAUACCAAGGAUAGUUGCAUGGAAUAUUGUGGCAGAUACAACUGGAAGAAGGGUCGAAAGUCAGCUCGUCUACGUAUAGCUGCUCCUAAAAGUAAAGAUGGCAAUUAAGUGCCCUUUACUACUAUUAUAUACUUUAAUAUAAUAAAUAAUAAUUAAUUAAUAAAUAAUUAAUGGAAAUUA